UACAGAUUCAUUCAGCAAUUCUUCUCUUGCAUUCUCUCACCACGUGUUGUCUCGUGUAGCGAACCUUUGCCACGCGCCACUUAUAGGCCAUUCAACUUGGAAGUCUCUCUCUUCGCAUAGCGAUUUGGCAAACGCAUCUGACAACGGAAAGAAAAAGGUAGAGAGCAACAGAGUUUUGUGCUGAUUGACAACAGAGAAUGGAAGAAAGAAAAGAAGAGAGCCCACCUCCUCUUAUGGCACUGAAUCAUGUGUCCGGGCUAUGUAGGAACGUUAAGCACUCCAUUGAUUUCUAUACCAAGGCUCUUGGGUUUGUGUUAGUUGAAAGACCUCCAGCUUUAGAUUUCGAUGGUGCAUGGUUAUUCAAUUAUGGGGUAGGACUAGGGAUUCACUUGGUGCAGUCCAAGGAUGAAGACAGGUUGCCUUCUGACACCGACCAUUUGGAUCCCAUGGAUAACCAUAUUUCUUUCCAGUGUGAAGACACGGAAGAAAUGGAGCAAAGGUUGAAAGAGUUCAAUACCAAGUACAUCAAGAGAACGAUGAAGGAUGAAAGUGGGACUAAGAUCGACCAGCUCUUUUUCAACGACCAGGAUGGAUUCAUGGUUGAAAUAUGCAAUUGUGAGAAUCUUAAGCUUGUUCCUGCUGGCUCAAUGGGCAACAUCAAGCUCCCAUUUGAUGGCCAAAAUCUUGGAAAAUGUUGAUGAUAAUGAUGAAAAUUCCAAUUAGUAGGGAUUGAAAUGUAAAUUAGUAAUUAGGCUUGGGUCACUUAUUGUAAUUUGCAGCAGUUUCUUUUCUUUAUAUAGUUGGUACUUGCUAUUGAA